CCAAGAGCGAGCAGCAUCGUAUCCGUAAUUAGCCAUGUUGGCUCAAGCCAUCUUGGCUCAAGCCGUACUCGCCAGGGGCUCUUAUUGCUCGCCGCCGUGAUUUCGUUCCACUGCACCUUCCUGAUACUUCCAGCAUCCCGCAACGCAGUGCGCUGCCGAACUGGUGCGAUGGCACCCUUUCGGCUCACCGUCCUGCUCGUCACCGCUGCCGUGCCUGCUGUAGCUCUGAAGGCAGAGACAAGCGUCGCCCUCGAGGCACUCCUCGACAUCACAAUCCACCGCCGCGGGGAAUCCAAUGGUGCUCAAAUGGGUGCCACUGAGGUGGAGUCCCUGGGAGAAGGCUCGGAUGUGUCGGUGACGUUCUCUCCGCAGGAGCGCGCCGCCGUGCAUGCCUCCAAGUUCGAGAAGGAGUUCGUGGUGGACCUCGACAUGUCUGAUGCCCAUAAAAAGUCGGUCGGCGUCGUGCUGAACAUGGACACUGAUUACGAGCCCGUUACUGUCACGACAAUCAAAAAGACGGGCAUCCUCGAAGCUUGGAACAGGCUGCAUCCAGACAAGGCCGUUUUGGUCGGCGACGAAAUCAUGAAGGUGAACGAUAUCAUGUGGCACCAUAAUUCAGGAACGUUUGCAAAGCGCAUCCAGGGCCAGUUUUUGGCAUCCAGGGGCCGGGUGCCUGGCGCAAGGAACACCUUGACUUUAACUAUCCAGCGCCCCAGGAAGAACAAGGGGCAUCGUUUCCAAUCGCAGCGCGAAGAUCUGCACAAGAAGUUGUAUUCGAAAGAAUUUGUGGCUGAGAUUCCUCUCAAAGGUGUCCUCCCUGGUGCUUCACUUACCAGGCCAUGGGAUGGAAGUUGAAUGCGACGGUGGACUGGAUGCCAAUCUCUAUCGAGAAAAUGCGCAACACUGGUCUUGUGUCCAUGUACAACAAGGAACACCCCGACGCGAAGGUACUCGCCGGCGAUGAGAUCCUCCAGGUGAACCACAUCCAGUGGCAUCACAAUGCUAAGAUCUUUGUGGAUCGCCUCGAGGCACAGUUCACAGCUGCGCGAAAAUCGGAGCGCGUUGGCACUCCCAGCAAUGAAAAUGUCCUCAAGCUCAGCAUCCGGAGACCGAGGUCGGUGAGUGACACGCCCGAGGAACAGGUGUACACGAAGCAGUACUCUGCCCAGCUCGCUCUGAAAGACUCUCGUCCCUUGGGCUGGCACCUCAACAAAAGCAGUGACGCAGAACCUAUUGUCGUCGAAAAAAUCAGACGGGGUAGCCUUCUGGAUUCUUACAACAAGGCAAAUCCUGAGGCCAUGGUGCGUGUCGGCGAUACCAUCCUGAAAGUGAAUGACCUCCCAUGGCAUGGCAAUACCAAGAAGUUCGCCGACCGCAUCGACAAGGAAUUCGGCAUCUCGCGCCCGCACAGGGGCCAGAUGCCUAGCGACAAAACCCUGAAUCUUGUAAUGCAACGGCGUCUGGUCCAGCCGAUCAUGAAGGAAUGGACCGUCACGCUGCCCGCUGGCGAGGGAAAGAUUUUGGGUUGGCAGCUGAGUCACAGCGAGGAGGAGUUUCCACUUACUGUUUCCAAGGUCCGCAGCAAUGGCGUGGUGUACGAGCACAACCAAGAGCACCCAGAGUCGAAGAUCUUGCCAGGAGACGUCAUUGUCAAGGUGAACAGUAUCUUGUGGCGCCAGGACUCGUCUUCAUUCGAGAAGCGCCUGAACGAGCAGUAUUCCAAAUCAAAGGUAACUGGUAACAUAUCACUUUUCCUGAGGAGGCCUGUCGGAGUUCAGGACGCCUUCGCGGAGGACAAGGGCAGGCCAUUCUCCCAUGAAUUCUACAUCCGGCUGCCGAUUGUGAACGGUCAGAUCGUGGGUUGGCACCUUAGCUCGGACAACGAGACGGCCCCAAUUAAGGUCGAAAAGGUCAGAAACGUGGGUGCGGUGCACGACUGGAAUGAGAAGAAUCCACUUACCGACAUCAGGGUCGGCGAUCACAUUGCCAAGGUGAACAACGUUCUUUGGCACGGCCAGGCUAAGCAGUUCUUGGAGCGCAUAAACCUUCAGCUGGAGGCUGCUCGCAAGGAUGAGGGAAACCCGUUCGUGACGGUUCUUGUGCAGAGGCCUUGGCCCGUCACAACAACGUUGCCAGAAGACGCGGGCGCCGGCGAGGAUGUUGUCGGCGACGGCGACGACGCCGAGACGGGCGUCGUCGAGUGAAGUGGAGUAAGUGGCGUUCGGGAGGGUGUUGUUGCCAUCUGGGUCUAGCUUGCCAUUCGGAUGUUUUCAAGCACCGUUCUGUGAAUUGUCAUUUUGGAGAGCGACGCUGCGCCGCUCUGUUGGGAUGGUCGGGUUUGCCGUCACAUCCAUUUUCUUCGUGCCGCCUGCCUUCCUACCAGGAGAAACAAAAAGCGGCAACGCAAAAGUCUCUGAACACCAGGGCUCCCAACAG